AUGUCCCUCGCGGCGGACCAGAUUCGCUUCGAUGGUCCGAGCCGAUAUCAUGGCCCCUUUUCUAAGGCGCAGUCUCGGGGGUAUCAUACGGCCGAUGACGAGCCGAGGCUGAUGCCUCUAUUUGGUUCCGGUUGCCACGCUGAAGGCCAGGAGCCUGGCUCUUCCCCAUCUGAAUCAAUCUAUUGGUUUGAAGGUGUUCCGAUCAGUCUCGUUCCAGACACGGUCUUCGAGAACGACACCGACGCCGCCAUCGCUAAAGCGGUCGAGCACGGGUUGGCCACGGGACGCUCCGAUUUCCGGAUGGUCCUGUUUUCCAUUUGGCGUGCCGUCCUGGUUGAGAUAUCCACUAAGGACGCCGUCCACAAGAUCCCACGGACGGGCCUCGUGAGGAUUUGCGAUCGCCGAGAGAACGGCGAUCGUUCAGGAUUUGCUGCUCUUCAGACGUUCUUCGCAACCGCGGCGGAUCGCGCCCUUAGGGUUUCCACCGAAGGCGUAUUUCCACCUGAUAUAUACGGUCUAAUCCUCGAGCAUGCGGAUUUGGAGACUCGACGUUCUUGCGCCCGGGUCUCGCGAACAUUUCAGACGCUCAGUCGCAAUCCAUUUACCAAGUUCUCGACAACUUUCAUUGGCGGAAUGGACGUUUCAGCCGCUCACCUCCGAAAACUCACCGAGAAGUCCGUCGUUUCCAAUUGGGAGGCAAUGUACUACAUCGAGGAGGGAAAGACGGCCGGUAUCUGGUUUCCCAUCCUGGGACAAGGGUCUCGACUGUCCAUGAUGACGCAGGCAGCAAUCCGGCUCGUGCCAUGA